AUGCGUGUCAAUUGCAAGAGCGAACACCCGGCAAAUUACUCCAAAUGCAGCGCUCUUAUUAACUACAAGGAAAAGAGGGAAAGCGACGCUCUCAGGAGAACUCAAGCGUGUAGGCCAGCACCAACACCAGUGCCGCUGACGAGGAGCUUUUCGUCAGCUUUAAAUACCACCAGCAUUGGCCCAAAUGUUAAAUCAACGUAUCCUCAACUCCCCAUUCCACCGUCAUCAUUCCGACAUCUGAUCCAGUCCUCACCUUUACCGGUUGAGCCUACACCAUCGUCGUCACCGAUCAGGCCUGCACUAUCGCAAUCACCAUUCCGGCCUCCCACCAGCCAGUCCGAUCCAGAUUUUAAUAAUCUUACACCUGUGACUUAA